AGUGAUCUCGAGAAUAGCCGAUCGCCGCUCCUCCUGGCUUAAACCCUCUCGUUUCGUCCCAAAGAAAAGCGGCAAAAGCCUCCCUCCUCGGCUCCUUCCUCAGAAUCCCUCUUCUACUCGUGCUAGAGCCUACACGCUGUCCGUCCAAAAAUGGUGAGCCAAAGACAGAGGCUAGCUCGUAAGAAGUACAGAGAAGCUCACCCGGAUUUGUUCCCUAAGCCGGAGCCAACGCCACCCAAAGACCCAGACAAGAAGAAGAAGAAAAAGAAAAGCAUGUUCAAGCGCAAAAAGGCAGACUCUAACAAACCUGUUAGAAAGGGCUUUAAGAAACACCCACUUAGAGUCCCUGGGAUGAAGCCUGGUGAGAGCUGUUUCAUUUGCAAAGCGAAGGACCAUAUCGCCAAGUUCUGCCCUGAGAAAGCUGAGUGGGAAAAGAACAAGAUAUGUUUGCUUUGUCGGAGACGAGGGCAUAGUCUCAAGAAUUGCCCUAACAAGAAUGGUGCGACGGUGGAUAAGAAGCUUUGCUAUAAUUGUGGGGAAAGUGGACAUUCACUUGCGAACUGUACCCAACCUCUUCGAGAAGGAGGAACUAAAUUUGCCAAUUGCUUCAUAUGCAAUGAACGCGGACAUUUAAGCAAGAAUUGUCCUCAAAAUACUCACGGAAUCUAUCCAAAGGGGGGUUCUUGUAAAAUAUGCGGAGGGGUAACACACUUGGCAAAAGAUUGUCCAAACAAAGGUUCUAUAGCUACUCGUGGACCUGGUAACACAUCGGUUGUUAAGGAUGAAAGGCCAAGAGGACGGGUGACCAAAUUUGUUAGUGGAGACGACCUUGAUGAUGAUUUCUUGACUGAUGACACGAAUAGUGGUAACAAAGACAAGUCCUCUGAGUCAAAAGCGAAUUCGGCAUCUGGAAUGGCUGUGAGUGAUGAAUGCAAACUGAAGUUCUUGGAGCUAAAAUCGAAGAGGAACUACCGUUUCAUCAUUUUCAAGAUUGAGAAUCAGACGGUUGUUGUGGAGAAGCUCGGAAACCCAGAUGAAACCUAUGAGGAUUUCACCGAGUCUCUGCCUGCCGAUGAGUGCCGCUAUGCCGUCUUUGAUUUUGAUUUCAUCACCGAGGAGAACUGCCAGAAAAGCAAGAUUUUUUUCAUUGCAUGGUCACCUGAUACAUCAAGAGUGAGAAGUAAGAUGGUGUAUGCCAGCUCCAAGGACAGAUUCAAGAGGGAACUGGAUGGCAUUCAAGUCGAAUUGCAAGCAACAGAUCCCAGCGAAAUGAGCCUCGAUAUUGUAAAAAGCCGAGCUCUUUAAUAUCUUUAAUAUUCUCAUUUUUCCCUUUCCAUGUUCAGGCCCUUUCCAACAAUUACAUUCUAUAUAUAAUCAUCAUGGACAACAUUUAAAACCAUAGGAUCCUCCAAACACUAUGUUUUUCUCUGCAAAUUAUAUAAACCCUCAUGCUUUGACGAUGAUGGCCAUAAAGAAGCCGGCCCCUCAUCAUUCUCAUAUGAUCAAUUUGUUCACUUUUAAGGCAUUGAGAAUUUAUAUUUGUCCUUUAAAGGAUCAUGUAGGAGAAUGUGUGUAAAGAUUCAGUUUUCCGGGAGUUUGUCUGGCUGCGAUUAUAGCCAAUGGAAUGGAGCAACUUUGCUUUGGAGA